AUGCGUUCAAUAAAGAUCAACUCAGUGGGCAUCAAUGCUGAUCAGGAUAUUUUCUCAGUAGCCACCGAUUCGGGAAUUCGCUUAUUCAAUGUGAAUCCACUGGCAUUGCUUUCAAGUGUUAGUAAGGACCUCGUCGGAUCAGUCGGUUUCUGCACGAUUCUCCACCGCUCAAAUCUCAUCAUUUUCUCGGGGGCACCUGGCUCGAAAUUCCCCUCAAAUACAGUCUUCGUCUGGGAUGAUAAAGCAAAGGAAUUGGUGUUGGAGAUUGCAGUCCCCGGCGGUGCCAUUCUCAACAUUUUAGCCUCAUACACCCAUUUGAUCGUCGUGCAAGCAAGAAAACUACACAUUUUCCAGUUCCCCAAUCCGUGCAAACUUUUGCGAUCAGAGGAGGUUGGAUUGAGUCAAAAAACGAUUUGCGCUUUGAGUGCCGAUGUCACUUUCCCUUGUUUGGCCUUUUCAGGAUUCAAGAAUGAAAUCGCUCAUAUGGCAAUGAAUAAGCAGGGAAUGUUGCUAGCCACUGGAUCGAUUAAAGGAACUGUGAUUCGAAUUUUCGACACAAGAACUUGCGCGCCAAUGUGGGAGUUUCGUCGAGGCACUGAUCCAGCUGGAUUGCACUGUAUUCAGUUUUCCCCUUGUUCAACUUUCUUAGCCGUUUCGUCAGACAAAGGAACGAUUCAUAUUUUCUCUUGUCGUGACUCAAAGAGUAAUGUUGGCUCGACAAAGAAGAAUUUGCUUCAACAAUUCAUGCCAUCGGAGCAGCGCAGUAUCGCUCAAAUCAGUCUCGAGCCUCGUGUUCUCACAUUGGCAUUUGUGCCUGGUUCAUCAACAAGAAUCCAAUCAAUCGUUGCUCUCUGUGCUGGUGGCACAUAUCAUCGCUUCUCAUUCGGCUUAGAUGGUCACACAAAUCGUGAGGGUUUCGAUUAUUUCAUGCAAUUGGGUGACGAGGAAGAGUUUUGGACGCAACCAUUA